AUGGGUAAGAAGCAAACAAGCAAUUUUAAACAAGCAUCUUUGUUUGAUAUCAGACUAAAAAAUCUUGACCACGAUAUAUUGGUCUUAAAAGGUAAUGAGCAUGAUGCAGCUUCGGUAUUAUUGGCAGGGAAAAUCGCUUUAUCUGUCAACGAGCCGUUAACGGUGAAGAGGUUGUCUUUGCGGUUAUAUUCUACGUUAAGAAUAAAUAAUAUCGACUCGGUCAAUAGUCCUAGAGGUAGUCUGGGUAAGCCGUAUAGGUUUGAAAAAAAGCUUUAUGAGCAUAGCUGGGAUGAUAUGGAAAUCAAUCUGUACUUAAGCAAUAUGUAUGAAAACUCGAAUUCUAGUAAGCCAAUAGGAAUAAACAGAUCGCCAAACCAUUCUAGCACGGGUUUGAUGAAUUUGGGAUAUUCGAAAAGAUCGAAAUCAUCUAGCAACUUAAACAACUCAAGUUUUCCGACAUUGACCCAUACAGAUUCAACGUCAAGUCUUACUAGCUCUAAAUCCAACCAUAUAUUGGUUCAGGGAAACUACGAAUUUCCUUUCAGUGCGGUGUUGCCCGGGGAUAUGCCCGAAUCAGUGGAAGGCUUACGUGGUGCAUCGGUUGUUUAUAAAUUAGAAGCUACAAUUGAUAGAGGUAAAUUCCACAACAAAAUGGUCACUAAAAAACACUUGAGGGUAUUGAGAACUUUAACGACAGAUUCGGUAGAGCUUUCUGAGACAGUGGCAGUUGACAAUACGUGGCCCAAAAAGGUUGAAUAUUCAUUGAAUGUGCCUUCCAAAGCAAUUGCCAUUGGUUCCAACAUUCCUAUUAGUUUUAUGCUCGUCCCUCUAUUGAAAGGUUUACGGUUGGGUGAUAUUAAAAUACAAUUAGUUGAAUAUUCAUCGUGUGUAGGAUAUUUACCUCCAGCACACUCAGAAGAAAGAAUAGUGGUAUCGAAAACCAUUUCUCAACCAAAUGAAAAUGAUCCUGAUUUCCAGAUGGACAAAUGGGAAAUUGAUAACUAUUUAAAAGUUCCUGAUAGCUUAUCCAAAUGUACUCAAGAUUGUGAUAUUCAAAAUUUCAUCAAGGUUCGUCAUAAAUUGAAGUUCACUAUAGGGUUAAUUAAUCCAGAUAAUCAUGUCUCUGAGUUAAGAGCAUCUUUGCCUGUUCAACUAUUCAUCUCACCUUUCGUGUCUAUUAAAGCGAAAUAUCUCGAUCUGGACGACGAUGUACGUCGUGACUCAGGAAAUGAAAAUUCUAAUUACGACGAGGAGUUACUAUUUUCGUCGAAUAAUGGUAGUCAUACUAGCUUGAGGUCAUUGAGCUCUUCUCCUAAUAACGAAAAUUUGGGUGAAAAUAGAUUAACAUCUAAUCCAAAUUCUUAUACUUCAUUCAAUGGGUUGAUGGCUCCUCCUGUGUAUGAGCAGCAUAUUUAUGAUAAAUUGUGGUCUGAUAUCUCACCUGUUGAGUCACCAAUCAAUUCUGGAUCAUCAACUCCAAGAUACAGCAAUUACCUUUCUAACGGAAAUCAAGACCAAGGUGAUGUACGAGACCAAUUUUCCAUGUCUCCGUUGGAUAGCGUUCAGUUAAAUGAAAAUUUAAGAGCAUUGAGCCUUCAGAGACAAAUUCAAGAGGAUGACUCGACCCCAAAUCAAACUCCAGGAAGUUCUUCUAGAAGUAGACCAGUUUUUAACAUAGGUGAAAAUAAUAGUCAGGGUGAUUAUUUUACUAGAUCGAGGUCACCGUUAAGCACGUCUUCUCCAUCAGCAUCAAAUAUACCGCUACAAAGCCCAGGUCUCACGUCUCCCCCAAUUCAUUUGUCUAGAGUAAAUUCUGAGUCGAAUUUAGAUUCGAGAACUUUAUCUAGGGUACCAUCUUAUACCCAAGCAAUGCGCUCAGAUGCAAAUGAGGAUGCAUUAUCACCGGCGUAUGAACCACCCUUACCAGGAUCUAACAUUAAUUUAUCUGACAUGGAUAGAAGAGUUGCAGAUUCGAGCUCACCUACUAACACAAAUCUGAAAGGUAGGCUGAUUCUUUCUAGGGGUUCAAGUAACUUAAAUUUGAAGGGAUUAUCAUCAAAUUCAAGGGGAUCUUCAUUGAAUUCGUCCCCUUCGAAUUCUCGUAAUGUCUCGUCAUCAAAUCUUGCUGCAUUAUCUUCAUCUCCAGGAAAUUUAUCUAGAACUUCAUCUAAGAAGAGUAUUCAUAGUAAUGGUAAUAACAGCAGUGCUUCAUCCUCGUCAAAUACACCUGUUUCUUCAUCACCGGGUCUCAAAGCCCAUGAUUUACCUCCUCAUUUAUUACCUAACCAUUCUAGCUCAAGCACAAGCAUAACCAAACCAUCCAGUAGUGCAUCUGAUAGGAAUGCCGCUUUAUUGGGAUCGAGUUACCCAAAGAAAACGACAUCAUCUUUAAAUAUAAAUGUUCCUUUCUUGCUGAAGAAAUCUAAGGACAAGAAGUGA